AUGCAUACGAACAGUAGACAGAAAUAUUAUCGAAGGAACUGGUUAAGAUGCAACAAUCUGAUGGACUAUGUCUUCAAUAUGCUCGAGCGGUAUGCAUCUACUCUAGAGGAAGACGUCGCAGAGAGAACGAAAGAAUUAAUGGAAGAGAAGAAGAAGAGCGAUAUUUUACUCUAUAGGAUGCUGCCUAGACAAGUGGCCGAAAAGCUGAAACUUGGUCUAUAUGUGGAGCCAGAAACAUUCGACAGUGUCACCGUGUUCUUUUCGGACGUCGUGUCUUUCACGACUAUCGCCGCAAAAGGCACUCCCAUGCAGGCAUGUCUUUGUUCUGUUGUUAACCUGCUGAAUAACCUGUACACGAUUUUCGACAGUAUAAUCGACGCACACGAUGUGUACAAGGUGGAGACAAUUGGCGAUGGUUACCUCUGCGUGAGUGGAUUGCCUCAUAGAAAUGGCCACGAACAUAUCAAGGAGAUCUGCAACAUGUCGCUUGAGUUUAUGAACAGUCUUGGGAAUUUCACCAUACCACAUUUACCAAACGACAGAAUCAACCUCAGAAUUGGAGUGCACACAGGUUCCGUGGUGACAGGAGUUGUAGGCCAAACGAUGCCUCGAUAUUGUCUGUUCGGUGACACCGUGAACACGGCCAGCCGAAUGGAAAGCAACGGAAAACGUUCUGUUUUCAGAUUCUCUUCCUCAAAUAUCGUAAUUUUUUUUAAGACAAACGUUUUACAUAAUUAUUACUUGGAUUUGAAAUGUAAGGGUCCCCUAAAAUCUUGUUUUAUAUAUUUCUUUGAAUUGCUCAGUUUACUCGUCAGUUGUUGGGGUUAUUUCAUAAGUUUCUGA